GAGGGUGAAUGUGGAGAACUGGAGGUUGGGGAUCUAAUUACCGGGCCAUAAUUGGGGGCUGGGGAAUAGGGUUGCCGUCCUCUCAACUCGCUGCAGAUCAAUUAUGUUAAGAGAACAUCUGUAAGUAGAGCUUAAUGAGGUCCAUUAGAGCAACAUGCGCUGCCUUCCCUAACGGUGCUUGUCAGCUUCUUGCAUGAGCUGGAGUGUGCUGCUGACUGGGGACCUGGCGGAGGAGCUUAAAUAGGAGAGCGCCGGCUUCACUUCGAGAGAAACCAGACGGUGGAAGAGAUCGGAGUGAGGAGUUUUUUUUUUUCUUCUUCUUCUUCUCUCUGCUCAACGGAGAACUCGAGGACGCGCGCAGCCGAUUGGAAGUGACAAAGUUGGACGGUGACGAGAUUCGUUUUGAUUUUGGACGCCGCUGUUUUCACUUCAAGGUAUACAAAUGCUUUCCGUCCAGCCGGACACGAAGCCAAAAGGCUGUGCCGGCUGCAACCGGAAGAUCAAGGACCGCUACCUCCUGAAGGCCCUCGAUAAGUACUGGCACGAAGACUGUCUCAAGUGCGCCUGCUGCGACUGCAGGCUGGGCGAGGUGGGCUCCACGCUCUACACCAAAGCCAACCUCAUCCUCUGCCGGAGAGAUUACCUACGGUUGUUUGGCGUGACGGGGAACUGCGCAGCCUGCAGCAAGCUAAUUCCAGCCUUUGAGAUGGUCAUGAGAGCCAAAGAGAACGUCUACCACCUGGACUGCUUCGCGUGCCAGCUCUGCAAUCAGAGGUUUUGCGUGGGAGACAAGUUCUUCCUGAAGAACAACAUGAUCCUGUGCCAGACGGACUACGAAGAAGGCCUGAUGAAGGAAGGCUAUGCCCCCCAAGUCCGCUGACCCUCGUAAGAGCGGGGCGGGGGGUGAGGCCAAAAACAGGAGGAAGACACAGGAAAUGGAAAAAAAGACUGAUGGAAAGCUUGCAAUCAUACAACAAAUAGCACUAUGGCUUCCUGUCCGGCUCCUGCUCGUCCCCUCCCCCCACGUGUACAUAACAAAGCCACAUCCGGAAUUGAAGGUACCUGACUGUACAGAAUAGCCAUAGAGACCGCGACAUAGCGGUCAGGCAGCGACCCCAAAAGCGGACUCUUAAGUAAAAAAUUUUGUUUGUGACUGACAAGUGCUGCCUCAGAAGAACCCAAAGCAAGUUGUUGGACAGAUCUUUACACGUGUCAACUUUUAUGACAAGGACUGCGCGGUCCAACUACUUGAAUUGAAAACACGCAGAGGUAUUGUCAAUCAGUGUAUCUUUGGGAUAAACACCUUUUUAUUGGAUGUUGUUAAGUGUAAACAGAGAAGCUUCAGAAAAAAAUAAUGAUUUAAUACUUGCGUGGGUGUGUGUGGGGUGCGUGUGUAAAUCGCUUGUCAUUUCUGAAGGGAUUUUUUCUCAUGCAAUCUCAGUUUGGUCUGUGGAGUCAACAUCAGGUUGAUGUCAUAUUUUUCAAUGUUUAUUCUUUUUACUGACGGUACGAUUGAUUUCUUUUUUUCAGUUUUGUGCAUAAGGAUUUGGCGUUGCUGUUGUAAUUAUCGUUUUUAUAAAAUUGGAUAAAUAGCAGAAAUUUGAUGUCUGGGUUGAACCGGACUACAAUUGAAUAUGGAUGAUCAUUAAUGGAACAGUCCAUUUUCCGGAAUCGAAAUAGCACAAAGCAACUUGAUAAUAACAAAAAGCAAAAAUCGAGAUUCUACAUUUUCAAGGCAAGGUAUAUUCCAUAUCAACAAAGCGCCCGAGACUUUUGCACAAUAGUUUGAAUUUAACAGCCAAUAAUGAUAAUGAUGAUGAAUGAGACGAGCCAUUAUGGACUAGAAUAGCGCUUUGGCGCUACUGAGCCUCAUACUCGGAAAAUCACUGGACCAGGUUUGUCUUGAGGUUUUUUUUAUUUCAAUUGGAAAUCUAUUUAUUGAACUUUUUAGUAGGAAGCUGGCGAUACGCUCAUGGAGGCUGGUUGUUGUUGUAGCAGAUGUACAGGUGACCUUGAAACAUUUGGUUAACGUUCAGGCGAUUAUUUAUUUAAGCAGUUCUCGUCCGGAAUUUGGCUUCGCUUCAACGCGCUGAUUUUCGAACGCCAUCGGAUGCGCGACUCCGCUCGCCGAUCGCGGCCUCGUCAUCUUGACCUCCUCGUCCACGAGUUAACCGUCCGCUCAGCGUGUUUUUUCUUCACUUCAAAAAUGUCCUCUAUAAAAUGAAGGUGUACAUAAAAAAGAACAAAAAGAAUAUUUCCUUUUGCUUGCCUAUUGUACAAUUUUUUCUUUUUAAUGUGUCAUCCAGCAUGAGAUGUUUAUUUUUAGGACAACGCUUGUAAAUACUGUAAUUGUAAUAAUUUUAAGCACAAAUGUAAUACAGUUUUAUUGUGUUACACUGA